AUGUCACACAAACAAAUUUACUAUUCAGACAAAUAUGACAACAAGGAGUUCAAGUACUGGCAUGUCAUGUUGCCCAAGGACAGAGCCAAACUGGUCCCUAAAACCCACUGAAUCUGAAUGGAAGAAUCUUGGUGUCAGGGAUGGGUUCAUUAUAUGAUCCAUGAACCAGAACUUCAUAUCUUGCUAUUUUGGCAGCCACUACCCAAGAAGCCAAAGAAAUGA